UCCAGCAGAAGCUCACACAUUUUUACUUUGUAGAAGUCCUUGACUGCUUCACUUUCUCAUUCUUGGAAUGAAUUUGGAGGCAACUUUUGAUGACCUCAAGAAUAAGACUAUGAAGGAUCAACUUGAUCAGAAACCAAAUGGACAGAAAGCUAAAGGUACUAGGGAUGGUCUUCAUUUUCUUUAUUCUCCUUGGUGGUGCCCUGUAGCUGUGACUCUAGGAAUCCUUUGCCUGGGUUUACUGGUGACUAUCAUAGUGCUGAUAAUGCAAGUAUCCCAGGUGUCUGAUCUUCUAAAGCAACAGAAAGCAAACCUCACUCACCAGGAAAAUAUUUUGGAGGGACAGAUUUUAGCCCAGAAGGAGGAAGAAAAAGCUUCCCAGGAGUCACAAAGGGAGCUCAAGGAAAUGAUAGAAACACUUACUCAGAAGCUGAAUGAGAAAUCCAAAAAACAAAUGGAACUUUUUCAUCAGAACCUGAAUCUCCAAGAAGCUCUGAAGAAAGCAGCAAAUUUUUCAGGUCCUUGUCCCCAAGACUGGCUGUGGCAUGAAGAACACUGUUACUUAUUUUCCUCCAACUCAUUUAAUUGGGAAAAAAGCCAGAAGGACUGCUUGUCUUUGGAUGCUCAGAUGUUGAUAAUUAAUAGCACAGAUGACCUGGAAUUCAUCAAGCGAGCAAGUGCCCAUUCCAGUUCUCCGUUCUGGACCGGGCUGUCCCUGAGGAAGCCCAGCCACUCAUGGCUCUGGGAAGACGGUUCCCCUUUGAUGCCCCAUGUGUUUAGACUCCAGGGAGCCGUUUCCCAGAGGUAUCCUUCAGGCACCUGUGUAUAUUUACAAAGGGGAGCUGUUUUUGCUGACAACUGCAUUUUGAAUGCAUUCAGUAUAUGCCAGAAGAAGGCGACUCUAUUGAGAGCACAGUGAAUUUGAAGGCUUUGGAACAAAAGGAGAAGCCGAUCUUUGAAUUCUCUUCUGGAAUUUAAGCUAUUUUUCCUCACUUAGGUGCAAACCGUGAGAGCCCUGAGAACCGAUAUUAUCUGACUGUAGAACAUUUUAGCAGUAAGUGGGGCUCCAGCUGUCCGACACCUUUAUAUCAAAAGUUUUGAUUCUAUCUCUGUCUACAUUUUUUCACCUAGCUGGUCCUAAGCCUUCCUGCCAGCCCUUGGCCCCUCUUCCCUUUUUCAUUUUAAAGGUUUGCUCCUCUCCAAGCCUUGGAACCCUCUCUACCUCAGUGCCAUUUUCUCUUCACCCUCUUAAAACUGCAUAGAAGAUAGAACAGGCAGAACUUGCCCAACUGCGAGCAGAGGGAGAAAAAGGGGAAGCACGCAUGGAAAACAGCAAAUGAAGAAACAGAAAAGGGAAAGGUCAGACAGGAUUCAAGACACUUAAUGUGUCUCAAUGUUAAAAGCUACCACUGUUGGUCUUUGAAAUCGUAGUCUCUCUCCAGACUCCACCACUACUUGUACACACACAGACACACACACACAGACACACAGACAGACAGACACACACACACACGCACACAUACACACAAACUGUAUCUUCACAUUUUCAGGGCAAUUGGGAUGUCUCAAGAAGUAAACUAGUCUACAAUGAAGUAUAGUUCCUGAAUGAGUCAUUUCUUCAUUUUUUUGCUACCAAAAGAUAGCUUAGUACCUUUAAUUCUUUGGAACAGUAUUUGGUAGAUUCAUGGGGUGGAUAGUCCAGAGGGAAAAAUAGUUGAAUUUUUUUCCUCUAAAGUACAUACCCUUUAUAAAUUACCUCUUUUUAAUUU